GUAAUAGCGCACUACAAAUUUAGUGUCUGCGGAUGUGACCACGGUAAUCCGAGUGUGUGCUUGCUUAACCGCAGUUGCUUCACCAAACGGAAGAGGGCAGUAAUGCAACGUCUACGCCGUCAAAAAGCAUAGUCCAAAAGAGGAGAAAAAGAGAAGAGGGGGACCUCGUCAUCACACUAGAAGAAGAACCAGUUUUGGAGGAAACAUGGCUUCCCCUGCCGGUUGUGAGCAUUAUGUGCGCAGCUGCUUAUUGAAAGCCCCCUGCUGUGGUAAGCUGUAUGUGUGUCGGCUGUGCCAUGAUGCAGAGGAGAACCACCCGAUGGAUCGGUUCCAAGUCCGAGAGGUGCAGUGCUCUGAGUGUCAAACAGUGCAGCAGGCACAGCAGACUUGCCAGCAGUGUCAUGUGCAGUUUGGGGAGUAUUACUGUGACAUUUGCCACUUGUUCGACAAGGAUAAGAAGCAGUACCACUGUCAGCCCUGUGGAAUAUGCAGGGCAGGUUUCAAAUCAGGUGUGGUUCAGGUGAUCCAUCUGAUCUCUGACCUGCUGCAUGUAUACGUUACUACAGUCCUUACACACCUGCAGCAGAGUGAGCUCUUCCACUUCCUUUGGUUUAGAGCGUACCGCUGCCCCCUGUGUAUGCACUCUGCCUGGAACAUGGAGGACCACUGGGAUCAAAUCGACAAAGAGAUUGCCCAGUCACCAAUGCCCACUGAAUACCAGGGUGCUACUGUCAAAAUUAUAUGUAACGACUGCCAAGCCCAUUGCACGGUGCCUUUCCACGUGUUAGGGAUGAAGUGCAGCGGCUGUGGCUCAUAUAACACAGCACAGGACGGAGGACUGAUCCAGCAGCCUGAGCAGCAGCAGCCUGAGCAGCAGCAGCCUGAGCAGGACGCUGGGAACGAGGCAGAGACAGAGCCAGACGCAGAGCCAGAGCAGCUGGAUCAGCCUCUGUCACCCACGCUACCCUAACCACACUGGGGGACUUUGUACUAACUUCCAUUGAGUGUAAUGAUAGACUGAGCCAAUAUUCCUGUAUUCCACAAAAUACCAGAAAAAGGAGUGCGAUGGUGAUUAUGUUCAGAGAAGUUAACCCUCUUCUUUUUAUGUUGUUUAUGGAGAAGAAGAUCCAGGAAAUGAGCAGGGGGAAAUGAAACACAACCAAGCCACGGCCAAGUGGCGAUUUUUCGAGAGGUACACGUCAGGCUACAGCGUAGGUUUGUGUCUCCACGUACCUACCUACGUAGCAACGGCAUAGAUUUUACGCAGAAUUAUAAAUCAAGCUUAACACACAUUCAAACCUGAAGGCAAUU